CGACGAUGGACAACGCUUCCACAGCGACAUCGGACAAGACAAACUACUCGUGCGACACCCUUCCGACUCCCCGACAUCUUCACCGUUCAACUGCACCGUCCAACUCGCGAUCGCCCUCUCCCCUGCCUGUUGCAGCAAAUGAUGAUGCUGUGUCGUCUUCCUUUGAGAUAGUCACUCCAGAAGAAGUAGAAAGUCAUUCAGAAGUCCAGCGAUUAUCAGAAGCGGGCCCUGCACAGCCCUCCGAACAGGCGAUCGGCCCCGACCACUCUAAUGCGCCGCCUCAACCGCCCGCCCGCAAAUUAUGCGUGCGGCACCAGCGAAUGGCAGACGAGGGGACAAAUCUUAAGAUACAAAAAUCACUUGACGCACUGCCCGUGGAAGACAGGGAGACGGUCAACGCUAUCUGGACAAGUUUUAGUUCAUCACCGCACUCCCGCCGUCUAGUGAUCCUAAGAGGCAUCCUCACGAUGUGCUGUUUUUCUCAACUCUCAAUGCUUUCCGAACACCUACACACACUCAUCCGUCUCGAUCCCUUCUCCGUCUUACCGCGGGAAAUAUCUCUCAAGGUUUUGCAGUAUCUUGACGCUAUUUCCUUAUGUCGCGCCGCUCAGGUCAGCAAGUCUUGGUCAAAGCUUGCCGACGAUGACGUGCUAUGGCGAGGUAUCUGUGAGCAACAUAUUGGUCAGAAGUGCCAAAAGUGCGGAUGGGGCCUUCCUAUGCUUGAGCGUCGACGCAAGAUUAGAGUAACUCAAACUCCACCGGCUGACGGCACGUCUGCCUCUUCCUUCUUCAAGCGAGACCUCGAAAACUACCACUCAGGUGACGAAGGACGUCCCUUGAAGCGCAUGCGUUCCGAGUCAUCUGAAAUUGCGAGAGCUUCUUCAGAGCCGAGCAACUUGCCUCAAUUUACAACCGAGCCGGAUCAUUGUUCAACGUCGCAAAUGACUACACGUCCUUGGAAACAUGUCUAUAGUGAACGCCUCACGAUCGAACGAAACUGGAGACGCGGCCGCUGUACGGUUCGGACAUUGACAGGACACACUGACGGUGUUAUGUGCCUGCAAUUUAGCGAAACAUUGCACCAUCCGUCUUUCCCUGUUCUCAUCACUGGCUCAUACGAUCGCACUGUUCGGGUUUGGAACCUUGAGACAGGAACUCAGAUUAGAUGUCUACGUGGUCAUUCUCGGGCAGUUCGUGCCCUGCAAUUCGAUGAAGCGAAACUUAUUACGGGCAGUAUGGACAACACAAUACGUGUCUGGAAUUGGCGGAGUGGAAAAUGCAUUCGCGUGCUUGAGGGUCAUACCGAGGGUGUCGUGUGCUUGAACUUUGACUCGAAUAUCCUCGCAAGUGGGUCCGUUGACACGACAGUGAAGAUUUGGAACUUCCGCACUGGUGAAUGUUUCACUCUUCGUGGGCAUCGCGACUGGGUGAAUUCAGUACAAAUAUGGGACUCCAAUGCUGCUAAUAUGGAGUCUGGUAUGUGUGCGACGCCAAUGUUUGAGCCCUGCACCUCGCAGGCGGAGGGAUCUUCCCUUCCAGACAUCGAUCCUGGAAAAAUGCUCUUCUCUGGUUCGGAUGACGGAUCAAUAAUUUUGUGGGACCUUACGUCGCGUGCUAGUGUGCGGACGUUUUCAGGGCACGUUGGGCAAGUGCAGAGUAUCAAGCUCGUAUACGAGAGUCCUCCUUGCGAAGAAGACGAAAUGCAACCAAGAGACGGUUCCCCUCGAGAUCCCCGUUCAACACUCCCUUCAGGCCUUCCCGGAUUUGCUCCUGCAUCUGUUUCGAUACCUUCUCCGCCUCCUCCUGACCAUCCUGGGUUUGAUGCGCCUGUUUUCGAUCCUCCGACGGGCUUUGACCCAUGCGCGUACCGAACUUCACCACAGUCUGUCCCGCCAGCUCGGUCUUACAUACACGAUCGGUCUCCAAGACAGCGCUCAACGAGCGCUGGUUCGGGUUCAAUCGGUCGAAAGCCAAAGCCCGUGCUAAUUUCGGGGAGCCUGGACAACACAAUUCGUGUGUGGGACGUCGAGACGGGUAAGCCUAUCACGACACUCUUCGGACACAUAGAGGGUGUGUGGGCGGUUGCGUGCGAUAAGCUUCGUCUGGUCAGUGCCAGUCACGAUCGGACCAUUAAGGUCUGGGUUCGCGAGGAGAAUAGAUGUCUAGCCACGCUCGUGGGUCAUCGAGGUGCUGUAACCUGUCUUGGCCUCGGCGACGACAAGAUUGUUUCUGGGAGCGACGACGGAGACAUCCGGAUUUGGAACUUCGCAGUGUAAUGACAUCCUUUCUUGACUUGUACUCGUGCCUCCGGUUCCUGUUUCCUCCUUUCUUCUACAUACAUACCAGCGAAACGUGCGAGUUCUGAUACCUCCUUACCCCCUGUUUUCAUAUGCUUAUAUUAUUACUAUUCUUUCAGUUACGAGUAACGCCACUACACAUGUACGUAUGCUGCUGUACUCCUAGUAAUUA